GGCUCACCAAUGACUGAUACAAACAGAAGAAGACAAUACGGAGGGUUUGUUUUGUUUGUGGCUAGUGGCUACCAUUUUUCCUCAUGGAAGAAGCCAUACCACAGACAAAAGGGGUUAGUUAUUAGUAUAUUUGGCCACACUAGCUUAAUACCCAGCUUUCAGUCGUCUGAAAAUGUGUACAUUACAGAUGUUGCGCGUGUUCUUAAAUGAGCGUUUAACGGCGGCUGCUGUGGAGAUUUUCGGGGCAGUUGAGAAAACGGUAGCCGAGUACCAGGAGGAGAAUGAUAAUCUGCGUAGACUGCUGCGGAUAACCCCGGACAUAAACCUAUGUAGAAAAGAGUCCCUUCAGUUAUCUGUUGCUGUCUCUGAAGAUGAGGUUCCCCCUGGGCAGCAGCGCUGUGAGCAGGAGUGGAGACCCAGUCUGCAGCAGGAGGACCUAGAACCCACACAGAUUAAAGAGGAACAGGAGGAACUCUGGACCUGUCAGGAAGAAGAUAUCAGUGUGUUCAAAUUACCUCGUGUGAAAAGUAAAUGUGAUCAGGAAAACCCACAGUCCUUUACUCUUCCCCAAACCCAGACAGUGGAGAUCAUAGACAGUAACUCUGAACCAGUGGAUCUCCCACAUUUUGUCACUGUUACCCACCUAGAGGGUCUGGACAUUCCAUGUGACCCUCCAGAUAAUCAAAACUAUAGCCACAGCUCAUCUGUAAGCGGUGACCCAGUAGGACUUAGGCUGCUGUCACCAUUCCAUCACAGCCCACCACUGGAUCCCAACCUAUCAAUGGGGGAACACUGUUCCAAACCGAGCACCACGUCUAGAAAAAUUCACUGCUGCUCUGACUGUGGUGAAACGUUUGCUCUGAAAGCUGACCUGCUGGAGCAUGUGACUCUCACCAAGAAGAGACCCAGCGAAUGCCACCUCUGCAAAAAACACUACAACUCCACCUGUAAAUUAAAGGCCCAUAUCAGAUUCUGUCAUGUGGAGAGACCCUGCACCUGCCCCUUUUGUGGAAAGACCUUCAAACUCAAAGGACAUCUGUCCAGACAUAUGAGGAUUCACACAGGAGAGAAACCAUUUGGCUGUGGUGACUGUGGGAAGAGCUUCAUUCAGAAGGGGGACCUAAGGAGGCAUGUACUGACUCACACAGGAGAGAAACCUUUUAGCUGUAGAGACUGUGGGAAAAGCUUCAAUCGGAAGGGGAACCUAACUGAACAUUUACGGACUUGCACAUAGAGUUACACAGGAAAGAAAGUUCCCAAAGAACAAAUAAAUUAGGACAAAGACGUCUUGUCAGAUGGACAAUCACUCUUUGGAAAAGCAAAGCAACUCUGGAUCAUUCAUUCUGUGGGUUUCAGAUAAAUCGAUGUCAUGAAUUUACUUUUGCAAAACAUUCUAUGUAAAAGUUUGAUUUGAUCCAACAGCAGAGUAAUUCAAUUCAUGGUCUGCUGUUCAACGUCUCUUGAUGUUUUCACGUCAUUAUAGACAGGAAUUCCUGGUCGUUAGUUUUGGAACGUCUCGAGAAUAGUCCAAGAAAUUGUCCUUGCAUUCGUCAGAUCAGUUUAUAGAUUAGAAAAAUUAUCUAUGGUCAAAUGUGGUUCCCCUCAUGGUUAUGAGUAGGAUUUGUGGAGCCAGUGGAGGGUAAACUGAUCCUAGACCUUUAUGGCACGGGAUCAGUCAGUUCCUCUUGAACCACUAAAUCACCAAACAUAGCACAAGUCUGCUAAAUUGCAUUUAGAUGUUUGGAAAAGACAAAGGGAGAACUAGUGAGACUAUCUGCACAUUGGAACGGGAACAUUAUCCUCCAGCCCAGGGAAAAACCUCUCAAACCUAGUCUCAGGUAUGACUGUCUGGCAAGCAAGACUACCAAAGACCAAAAACAUUCUGGGCUCCUGAGUGGCGCAGCAUUUCAGUGCAAGCGGCGUCACUACAGUCCCUGGUUCGAAUCUAGGCUGUAUCACAUCCAGCUGUGAUUGGGAGUCCCAUAGGGCGGUGCACAAUUGGCCCAGCGUCGUCCGGUUUUGGCCAGGGUAGGCCGUCAUUGUAAAUAAGAAUUUGUUCUUAACAAUGUCUAUAUAAAGCAUUAUCCCCCUCUUGCCAUUUCUUGAAUGUAAAUCUAAGUAAUGUAACAAGAGCGUAACUAAUUCAAUCCGUUGCAUGGAAGAUCUGUGCUAUAGCGCGAUUCCCGAUUAAGCUGACAUAUGCAGCAUUGACCAUGAAUGCAGUCUCCGCAGAGCUUCUGCAUUUGGAAAGGAGAGCUGACUUCUUUCUACUUGCUAUGGUCAACACCAUGGGAGGGCAGCAGGCCACCGUUUUAAUAGGUAAUGAGUUGGAAGUGUUAAUAAUGAAAAAACAAUUUAUUGCUAAAGAAAAUCAUUUUAUUUUCUCAAAAUAAAAUGCAUCGAAACAUUGACAAACAUUAGUCCUUCACAAAGUCACAGAACCUCAAGGAAUUAUUACGCAUUUAAACAAGCUGCCGUAAUUUGGACUCCACAAUGUCAACCUCAUUUCAACAAAAAUAUUGACAUUAAUUACAAGGGGGUGUCAAUUUUAAAGUAAAUGACAGUACUUUACAAAAAGGGGUUCGAUUCCACAUCUUUCAGUACUAGUGAUUCCCAGACAUGCUCCAUUGGGUGAGAGUUCUGUAACUUGCAUGAUAUUGUAAUUUGCUACAGUGUAAUUUCUACACCAGCUAGACGUGAAUGUUUGAUAUGUUUGUAGAUCGUUUGAUCAGUUACAAAAUGUACCAAGCGUGUUCAUGGAAGCACUGGCACUGAACACAGUCUAUUCACUUCAUAUCCCCUGAUAACUAUUGAAAAGAUCUUUAGGAAAUGCAGGCAAAACAUCAUACAAAAGGUCUACAAGUAUAGUGCCCACAGUAGUUCAACUGUCACAUCUUGGGGGAAUUUAAAUAAACCAUUACAUCUAACCAUUUACAACCAUUAACCUUCAUUCUCAAACAAUAUCUGCUUUAAAUCUAUAAAUAAUGUCACCUAUUUUUCAUCUACCAUACUUUAAAAUAUUCUCUACAGUACAAAAUGAAAAUCCAGUGGGUUCCCUUCAUUGCAAUAAGUGGUCUCAGAGUCUCCCCCUUUCAGUAAUAAUACACUAACAGUAUACAAAACACUACAGUGAGGAGACAUUUAAAAUACACAAGAUAAAGUCCAGCUUUGACCAAUGCAUUGUGCGCGUCCCUUUGGGAUUUUGGAGUACAAAUGGCAGAGCCCUCAAAUUGGAAUGUACCAAACUGCCUUAGAAAAUGGCAGCCACUUGGCUACACAUGGAAACGGCUUGAAAAAGACACUGGAGAAUCUAGCUACCAUUUAUAUAAAAA